UUCCGGUUCGUCGUAGUCUGAGGUAAACAAUCGAGUGAAAAUGACUCGACACGGGAAGAACUGUACCGCCGGGGCGGUGUACACUUACCACGAGAAGAAGAAGGACACAGCCGCUUCCGGUUACGGCACUCAGAGUGUGAGAUUGGGGAAAGACGCCAUCAAAGACUUCGACUGCUGCUGCCUUUCAUUACAGCCGUGUAGAGACCCUGUGGUGACUCCGGAUGGAUACCUGUAUGAAAGAGAAGCCAUCCUGGAGUACAUCCUCCAUCAGAAAACCGAGAUCGCCAAGAAGAUGAAGGCGUAUGAGAAACAGAAGAAGGCUCUGAGGAGCGAGGGUCAGCUGGAGUCAGGGUCUGGGGAGAGAGAGAAGAUCGAGAAGUUCAAGAAUAAAGAGAGCAGCAUCGUCUCCAAACCCAUCAACCCCUUCAUCACAGGUCAGAGUAAAGACUCGGCAUCGUCCCCGAGCGGCUCGGUGAGCUCUCUCACCUCGUCCAGCUCGGCUUCAGCGUCCACAGAAUCCACCUCCUCCUCCAGUCUGCCCAGUUUCUGGAUCCCCAGCCUGACCCCUGAGGCCAAACCCACACUGCUGAAGAAACCGAGUAAGACAGUGAUGUGUCCGAUGUCAGGUCGUUCUCUGAAGAUGAGUGAGCUGAUUGCAGUGCGUUUCACUCCACUGGACUGCAGUCUGGACCGAGUGGCCCUGCUCACACGCCAGGACAGGUACGUGUGUGCUGUGACCAAAGACACGCUGGGGAACUCCGUACCCUGUGCAGUGCUCAGACCCUCAGGGUCAGUGGUCACUCUGGAGUGUGUAGAGAAGCUCAUACGUAAAGAUAUGAUAGACCCGAUGACUGGAGACAAACUGAAAGAGAAAGACAUAAUAGUCCUGCAGAGGGGUGGGACAGGAUUCGCUGGUUCCGGAGUAGGCCUCUGUGCUAAAGAAGCUCGACCCGUCAUGCAGGCGUGAGAUCCCGAGCGAGCGAGCGAGAGAGAGAGAGAGAGAGCGAGAGAGCGCUGCAGUUUAUAAGCCUGUAUGUAAUCUCAGCAUUUAAUCCUGCUUCUCUUCCUGUCUGUCGUUUACAUGUGAUAAGAUUACAGGUUAUGAUUAUCACCGCAGUGUAAUGAUAAAUUAACUGAUGAUACAAACAGCAGCUUUUUUAGUUUUAUGCAUUACACACGCUUCUCAUAUCUUUUGUUUGUUUUUGUCAAAUAAAUUUUAUUUCCACA